CCAUGGAAUGCACCAAGACGAAGGUGGGGACGUGCAAUGACUGUAUCCAGUCCGGCCCUGGCUGUGCCUGGUGUAAGAAGCCGAACUUCACCAAAGCUGGAGAACCAGACUCUAUCCGCUGUGACACCAUAGAGCAGCUGGAGCAGAAGGGGUGCCCGCGUGAUGACAUUGAGUUUCCAAUCAAUGACAUUAGAGCAACAAAGGCCACUGCUUUAAGCGACAAGAUACAGCUGACUCCCCAAGAGGUGCACCUGAAAUUAAGGACAGGCCAGCCUGCUACAUUUGAGGUGAAAUUUCGUCGUGCCAUGGGUUACCCCAUUGAUCUCUACUAUCUCAUGGACCUCUCUUACUCCAUGCUGGAUGAUCUGGAGAAGGUGAAGAAGCUGGGAGGGGAACUGCUCAGAGCGCUGGAAGCCACCACUCCCUCUCGCCGCAUAGGAUUCGGCUCCUUUGUGGAUAAGACAGUGCUGCCCUUUGUGAACACCCACCCGGAGAAGCUGCGGAACCCCUGCCCCAAGAAAGAUGAGAACUGCCAGCCCCCCUUUGCUUUCAAGCACAUCCUCUCGCUGACUGACGAUGCCAAGAAGUUCGAGAGUGAAGUGGGGAAGCAGUCCAUCUCGGGGAACCUGGAUGCCCCAGAAGGAGGCCUGGAUGCAAUGAUGCAAGCAGCAGUGUGUGGGGACUUGAUUGGCUGGCGCAAUGUAACCCGCUUGCUGGUGUAUGCGACUGAUGACGGCUUCCACUUCGCUGGCGACGGCAAACUUGGGGGCAUCCUCACCCCCAACGAUGGCCACUGCCAUUUGGAGAAUAACAUGUACAAAAAAAGCAAUGAGCUUGACUACCCAUCUGUUGGCCAGCUGGUGCAAAAACUCACCGAAAAUAACAUUCAGCCCAUUUUUGCUGUCACCAGUAAAAUGGUGGGCGUUUAUAAAAAGCUCAGUGAAAUGAUCCCGAAGUCAGCAGUGGGGGAGCUGAAUGAAGACUCCAGCAAUAUCAUCGAACUCAUACAGGUGGCCUACAAUAACCUGUCUUCGCAAAUCAUCCUGGAUCACACCACUCAAUCAGAUGUCCUAGAUAUCAAAUAUGACUCCAUAUGCAAUAAAGGCAAGAAUGUCUUGGAUGAAGCAAAAGGACGGUGUGACGAUGUUAAGAUAAACGAUGUGGUCACCUUCAGAGUUAAGGUCACAGCAAAAGAGUGCAUUAAAAGCCAGUCCUUCACCAUUCGACCACUGGGCUUCACAGACACACUCACCGUUUAUGUUGACAGCAACUGUAACUGCAACUGCCAUGAAGAGCCCGACCCAAAAGACUGCAAUGGGAAAGGCAGCAUCGUUUGUGGGAUUUGCAGCUGCAAUUCAGGCUACACUGGGAAGGACUGUGAGUGCGAAACCAAGGGCAAGAGCAGCAAAGAGCUGGAAGGCAGCUGCCGAAAGGACAACACAUCUGUCAUCUGCUCAGGGUUGGGAGACUGUGUGUGCGGGCAGUGCAUCUGCCACACGAGCAACGUGCCUGGCAAGGAGAUCUACGGUGCCUUCUGUGAAUGCAGCAACAUGAACUGCGAGUUUCACAACAGUUUGCCAUGCGGUGGCAAAGAGCGAGGGCAGUGCGACUGUGGCAAGUGCAGAUGCAAACAAGAGUACCAGGGUAGCGCGUGCCAGUGCAAGAAGUCAACAGACGGCUGCCUGAACAUCCGUAGGAACGAGUGCAGCAACCGGGGGAAAUGCCACUGCAACCAGUGCCAAUGCAAUGAGGGUUACCAGCCCCCCUUCUGCGAAGAGUGUCCUGGCUGCCCAUCACCCUGUGGCACACACAUUUCCUGUGUGGAGUGCAAAGCCUUCUCCAGUGGACCAUUUCAAAAGAACUGCUCUACAGCCUGCAAAAACAUCAAUACUUCUGAAAAGCCACUAUCAGGAAGCAGGCAGUGCAGAGAAAAGGACUCCCAGAACUGCUGGAUCACCUUCCGCAUGUUCCAGGAGGACGGGGAGGACAUCUACACUGUGAAUGUGGAUCCUACAAAAGAGUGCCCGGAGCCUCCCAACGUUGCCUUGAUCGUGGGCGGCAGCAUCGCUGGUGUGGCCCUCAUUGGGCUGGUGCUCCUGCUCAUCUGGAAACUCUUGACAGAGCUGUUUGACCGCCGGGAAUACCGCAGGUUCGAGAAGGAAAAGUCCAAGGCCAAGUGGAACGAUGCUGAUAACCCUCUGUUCAAAAGUGCCACUACCACAGUUGUGAACCCCAGAUUCAACGGAGAAUGAAAUGGAGCAGCACCAGACAGAGCUAGGAGCCACCAUU